ACAGAAAUAAAGACAGCACAGACCCAGCGGCUUCUAGAGCAGGAGAGAUUGAGGGAGGAUUCCUAGGUAAGGCCCAAGAACCUGAGAGGUGCAGAGAGACCGGUGCCAGGCCACAGGGGUGGCGGGUAGCUGGGGGGCAUCCCGGCUGCAGCCUCCAGGGUGCCCGGCAGCAGCGUUUUCUCCUGGCGGGCACGCGCAUGGUGUCUGGGUGUGUCUGGGUGUGCCCGGGUGUGUCUCCAUCACUCUCCCGCGUGUCUCUACGCAGAUUGGGAAUCACAUGGGUGCCACGGACCGGGCGGGGCACCAGCACGGGUUGUGUUUCUGUCACCGGGCGUGUCUGUGUGUGUGCGGUUUGGUGUCUCCGGGUGUGUCUGCGUGGGCUGUGUUGGUGCAUUGCCAGACAUGUCUGUGCGUGAGUGUCUCGUUUCCCUGUGGCUGGCAGGUCCGUGUUCCUGCCUGACAUCCAACACGGGAGGGAGAGGGGUCAUGUCUGUGAGCUCCCUCUGGUGCCUGCCUGGCCACCAGCUAUGUCUCAGAGGUCAGUGUGUGCGAGGUGUUUAGUGUAACCCGGCCAGCAUCUCCCCAGAGUUUGGGUCUUUGUCCCCACGUACGGUACACCGACCCAUGUGCUUUUCUGGCACAGCUGCACACGGUGACAUUCCAGCACACCGCAUGUCCCUCUGGGAGUCACCCUGUACUGCAUUUGCUGUUCUGUCCAUCACCGUGUGUUGUGUCUCUGUUACAUGCCUUUUUUGUGCGAAGGUGAGCUAUCAGUCAGAGAUGUGACCCCAUGGGACAUGCCUGGGGCUGUGUCCAUGUGGGGCAGGUUCUCCUUUCCCUGCCGAGAACACAGCGUGGGUGUCCACACUCAGAGUGUGUUGUGUUUGUGUGGCUGUGUAGUGCGCCGCAGCGGAGGGGAGCCCCUGGUGUGGUGUGUGGUGUUGUUACAGGCUUAGGUGUCAGCUGUGUCGGUGGGUCACACCUGAUGUUUUACGUGAUCCAGGGUGUUAACAAAAGGUAGUGCUGGGAAAUACUGUGGCAGCAUGUUUUGUGUCACUCGGUGUUUGUGUGGCCACGUGUGUUGGAGUAUAUGGUGUGCCAUUUGUGGCUUGUCAGUCAGAGGCGAUGCUGCAUUUCCACGGUAGGGGCCCCGCCCCCCACCCUCACCCCCCAGGGCUACUAUUCUAGGUCUUGUCCCUGUGAGGCACCAAAACCUAUCCUGGGCUGUUUGGGUUUCUGUGUGUGUCGCUGAGCACUGUGGGUCUCUACACAUGUCCGUUCCCACUGUUCCGACCACAUGCUUGAAUGGCUCCGGGCGCAGGGCGUGUUGUGUGUCCUGGUGAGUCUGUGUGCGCUGUGGAUCAUUGUGCAAGUGUAUAUACUUGAUGUGUCACGUGCCAUCCGCGUGCGUUUCACUGUGUGCUGGGGGCCUGAGGACUGCCGAGGUGUGUCCCCAAUGUUUUGUGUCCGCACGUGUUGGGUGCCAGUGCACAGGUGGAUCACGUCUGGGGCGCCGUUAGCGCACGGUUCACACAGGGAUGUUGAGUGCGGCACGUGGGUGUGACUCAGUAACCUGAUGUGUGUCCGUGGAACCGUUAGUGUGUGUCGUGCUAAUGGAGCAAGAGAGCCCGGGGGUGACUGUCUGGGCAAGAGGAUGUUGUCCCAGUUUCAAUUGCAGUUUUCUGUGCCUGUGUGUGAACGGUCUGGGUGGUCACAGGAGCCACAGGGCACUGCCUGCCGUGCUGAGUGCUGGCGUGUGUCACACCAUCUGUGUGGUGUCGGGUGUGGCUGUGGGCUGCAGAGCUCAUCGGGGAGUUGUGAGUCACUCACUGUAGGUUGUGGUGUGUGCCCCAUGUGUGUUCGGUCCCGUCUCCGGCCGUGGUGUGUGUGAGGGUUUGUCACCGGGUGUCUUGUGGUGUCUGGGUGUGGCUGAGUAUAGGUGUGUGUUACAGAGGGCAGACCGUUGUGUGUGACACAAUCUAUUGUGUGCCAGUAUGUGUCUUCAUCCACGUGGAUGCACGCCUCUUCCUUGCUCUGCCCCAAGACACACCCCAGUCCCUCCUCAGGCUGCAAAGGGUGGUUGGGGAGCCUUCCCUCUGCCCAAGGGCCACGCCAGCCCCUCCCUGCCCUGCCCAGUCGUCACCACCCCCAGAGGGCACAGACUCCUCUGUGCCUCAAAGCAAGAGCCCCAGAGCGAGGAGCAGAGCAGGCCGAGGACCUGCAAGCCACAGUGGCUGCCCUUUGUGUGCUGCGAGGUGGGGGACCCUGGGCAGGAAGCUGGCUGAGCCCCAAGACCGCAGGGGCCAUGGGCGGGGAGCUGGUGCCAGGCCUGGGGGCCCUACAGCGGCGAAAGCGGCUGCUGGAGCAGGAGAAGUGGCUGGCCGGCUGGGCGCUAGCGCUGGCGGGAAUUGGCAUUGGACUCAUGGUGCUGCACGCGGAGAUGCUGUGGUUCGGAGGGUGCCCGUGGGCGCUCUACCUGUUCCUGGUUAAAUGCACCAUCAGCAUUUCCACCUUCUUGCUCCUUUGUCUUAUUGUGGCAUUUCACGCCAAAGAGGUCCAGUUGUUCAUGACAGACAACGGGCUCCGGGACUGGCGCGUGGCGCUGACCGGGCGGCAGGCAGCGCAGAUCGUGCUGGAGCUGGCUGUGUGCGCGCUGCAUCCCGCGCCGGUGCAGGGUCCGCCGUGCGCCCAGGGUUUGGGGUCCGGGCCCACGGCCGCGGCAACGCAGUCCUGGCCGGGCUUCCUGGAUGAGGGCGAGGCGCUGCUGUCGCUGGCCAUGCUGCUGCGCCUCUACCUGGUGCCCCGCGCCGUCCUCCUGCGCAGCGGCGUCUUGCUCAACGCGUCCUACCGCAGCAUCGGUGCCCUCAACCAGGUCCGCUUCCGCCACUGGUUCGUGGCCAAGCUGUACAUGAACACGCAUCCCGGUCGCCUGCUGCUCUGCCUCACGCUUGGCCUCUGGCUCACCACCGCCUGGGUGCUGUCGGUGGCUGAGAGGCAGGCCGUUAAUGCCACCGGACACCUUUCAGACACACUAUGGCUGAUCCCCAUCACAUUCCUGACCAUUGGCUAUGGAGACGUGGUGCCAGGCACCAUGUGGGGCAAGAUUGUUUGUCUCUGCACUGGAGUCAUGGGGGUCUGCUGCACAGCCCUGCUGGUGGCCGUGGUGGCCCGGAAGCUGGAGUUUAAUAAGGCAGAGAAGCACGUGCACAACUUUAUGAUGGACAUCCAGUACGCCAAAGAGAUGAAGGAAUCAGCUGCCCGAGUGCUGCAAGAGGCCUGGAUGUUUUACAAACACACACGCAGGAAGGAGCGCGGGGCUGCCCGCAGGCACCAGCGCAGGCUGCUGGCCGCCAUCAACAGGUUCCGCCAGGUACGACUGAAACACAGAAAGCUCCGGGAACAAGUGAACUCCAUGGUGGACAUCUCCAAGAUGCACAUGAUCCUGUGUGACUUGCAGCUGGGUCUGAGCAGCUCACAUCAGGCCCUGGAGAAGCGGAUGGACGCCCUGGCAGGGAAGCUGGACACGCUGACUGAGCUGCUUAGCACUGCCCUGGGGUCGAGGCAGCUUCCAGAACCAAGCCAGGAGGCCACGUAGCUGACACAACACGCAGCUGCUGUUUCUUCUGCUGCCUUCUCCCCCCAACUCAUCUCACCAGAACCUAGAUGACUUCUCACCCAUCAGGAGACUAACAAGAACCCCAAACCACCCCACAUACUCAUUUCAUUAUCUGCUACGACUCAAACAGGAAAAGGGAAGGGGCUGGCACUUCUGAAGGUCCUACUGUGUGCCUCCCUUCUGUAAUUCACCACAAUGACUUCCCACCCUGCCCCACCCCAUUGUAAAGAUGCAGAAACUGAGCUUUCAAGAGGAGCCCGGUCUAGAGCCCGGGAAUCUGGCUGUAGGCCCCUGAUUCACAGCCCGCCUGCCCUGGCGCUAAGCCCUCCUUCUGCCCUGUCUGAGGUGAGUCAGAGACAGAGCGGCCUUGGACUGAGGCCUUCCAACUGAGGUUUCACUUCCCACAGCCACUUCAUUCUACUUUGAGAAGCUGAUUCACCCUUGCUUCCUUCGAUUUGCGGGGAAGCCCGGGCUUCGAGUCAUCCUUUUCUGCUGAGCUAUCUUUAGAUUUCCCUCCAAAUCCACAGCAAGUCUCAUGCACCGCCCUGAGAGCUAAACUGGGGCUUGCACCACCCACUGCCAUAGACUGCCCUUUUCCUCUGGACGCCAGCCCACCUGGGAGCAGAGGAGACAGGAACUAGAUGGGAUCUCUGAUGACAUUUCCAACACCCUCCCCCUGCAGGAAGGCCUCCUCGCAGUGUUGCCAAUCUCCUACCAAACUUAUUCCCCCUGGUCACACCCCACUGCUGCCCGCACAAUCCUUUAGGCCUCAGCUUGGAUAUCCCCUUCUCUAGCGAGCCCUUUCUGAAGUUCUCACAGUCCCGUGAAUCUUGUCUCCAUCACCGUAUUUCUUUUUAAAGAUUUUAUGUAUUUGACAGAGAGAGAGAGCAUAAG